ACAAAAGAGACUAAAACGAAAAACACAAUGGGCUACGAAAGGCUCGGACCAUCGAAACCAAGUGGUUCGGUCACAACAACCACUGCUCCGUCUCCUAACCUAAGCCAAGUCUCCACUACAUCACAACAGGAACAUACUAGUCCGAGAAGAAAGAAGCUUCUUGUCUCAUCAGUCAUCGUAGCAUUCGCACUUAUCCUCGCCGCCGCGAUUUUCGCCGGAGUCCGAUCACAAGUCAAAUCAUCCCAACACGCACCAACCCUAGCUCGAAAACCAAGCCAAGCAAUCUCAAAAGCUUGCGCGUUGACUCGCUUCCCCGAGUUAUGCGUUGACUCACUAAUGGACUUCCCCGGCUCACUCGCCGCCUCAUCCCCCAAAGAUCUGAUCCACGUGACGGUGAACAUGACGCUCCACCACUUCAACCAAGCACUCUACUCAUCCACCUCCUUCUCCUUCCUCGACAUGCCGCCACGUGUCCGCUCCGCCUACGAGUCCUGCGUCGAGCUGCUGGACGACUCAGUCGACGCGCUCUCACGCGCGCUAUCCUCCGUGGUCCCCGUCUCCGGCGGGAAAACGAACCCGCAAGACGUGAUGACGUGGCUGAGCUCGGCUCUGACGAACCAUGACACGUGCACGGAAGGGUUCGACGGCGUUGGCGACGGCGGAGUGAAGGAUCAGAUGACGGCGGCGAUAAAGAAUCUUUCCGAGCUCGUCAGCAAUUGUUUGGCGAUAUUCGCGGCGAGCGGUGAUGGAGACGAUUUCGCCGGAGUGCCGAUACAGAACAGGAGGCUGUUGGAAGUUGGAGGAGGAGGAGGAGACAUGAAGUUUCCGAGAUGGACAAAGAGAAGAGAGCGGGAACUGCUGGAAAUGCCGGUGUCUCAGAUGCAAGCUGAUAUCAUCGUCUCCAAAGACGGCAACGGCACGUGUAAGACUAUCUCGGAAGCUAUCAAGAAAGCUCCUCAGCACAGUACUCGCCGGACUAUUAUCUACGUCAAAGCCGGAAGGUACGAAGAGAAGAACCUUAAGGUCGGUAGGAAAAAAAUUAAUUUGAUGUUCGUUGGAGAUGGGAAGGGUAAAACUGUUAUUUCUGGAGGGAAGAGUAUCUUUGAUAACAUUACCACUUUCCAUACGGCGUCGUUUGCCGCAACUGGAGCUGGGUUUAUUGCAAGGGACAUUACAUUUCAAAAUUGGGCUGGUCCAGAAAAGCACCAAGCGGUGGCCCUCCGUGUUGGAGCUGACCAUGCGGUGAUUCACCGGUGCAGUAUAAUCGGUUACCAAGACACACUUUAUGUCCAUUCAAACCGUCAAUUCUACCGCGAGUGUGAUAUCUACGGUACAGUCGAUUUCAUCUUCGGUAAUGCAGCCGUAGUGCUACAAAACUGUAGCAUCUAUGCUCGCAAACCCAUGGCUCUUCAAAAAAACACAAUCACGGCUCAAAACCGAAAAGACCCGAACCAAAACACGGGAAUAUCAAUACAUGCCUCUAGGGUGUUGGCGACACCUGAUCUCCUAGCGACCAAUGGUACUACCCAGACCUAUUUAGGCCGGCCAUGGAAGCUAUACUCUAGAACGGUUUACAUGUUAUCGUAUAUCGGUAAUCAUGUACACACCAGAGGUUGGCUCGAGUGGAACACAACUUUUGCUUUAGAUACUUUAUACUACGGCGAGUAUCUGAACACGGGACCAGGGUCGAACAUUUCUCAACGUGUGAACUGGCCAGGGUAUCGGGUCAUCAACUCAACGGCUGAGGCGAACCGGUUUACGGUGUCAGAAUUUAUAUAUGGCUCGUCGUGGUUGCCUUCAACCGGGGUUUCGUUCUUGGCCGGAUUAAACCUUUAG